CUCAACUAAACACCUCACUACAUCACCACACCUCACACCACACACACAUAUCAGCGCAGCAAAAUGUCCCUCCCAACCUUCGGUCUCCGCCGCAUCGCCCUCACCCACACCCGCCUCGCCCAGCGACAAGCCACAACCCCAGCCGCCACCACAACAGCAUUCAGAAGUCUAGCAAGCAAAGCCUCCCCCGGCCAGACCUCCAACGUCGCCAACCCACAGUCCAGCAGCCCGGAAUCGCAGUCCAUCAACGUCGCCCGCGGCAAGGAGGCGCGCCACGCGGACACCCCCGACACGGCGUCGGUGCAGUCGCCCAUUUCAUCGCAGUUCGGCCCGACGAGCGAGGCCCACGAGGGUGAGGAGCAGACGUCCGCGGACGCUCAGAUCAAGAAUCACCCCGGGGAGUCUGGGGCGACCAAGCGACGGAAUGUGGAGAGGGCGGGAGAGAGGCCUCUUGGAGCGGAGGAUCGGCAGUGAUUUCUCUCUUUGUUUCGUAUAUGAUGGUUUUUGAUUGUGGGUGGUAGAUGUGGAUAGAUGGGUUUCACAUUAUUUGAGGGGGUAUGGAUCGAGAGUACAUGUAUUGUACAGUAGAGACAUUAUAUCAACAAUUGUAUCCUUAGCUACGUUGUAUCUUG